AUGCGGCGGCAUCAUGGACGGGCCCUGUCCCCAUACCAUGGACGGACCGCCUCCCCUCCCUCCGCUGAGGUAUCUUUAGUUCGCAGCUUUGACUCCCAAGUCAAUCCUUCACAACCUGUCAGACAAUCUCCUUUGGCAAUUUCUCAAAUCCAGGGCAUGCCUUUGGAUUUGAUCGAUCGCAUUCGCUCCUUCCCUCUCUUUCAAUCCACUUCUCAGGACUUUCUUGCCGACAUUUGCCUCCUCCUCAAACCUCAAUUGCACAACACCAAUGAAUACAUCCUUACUGAAGGCGAUGACUCAAAAGCAAUGUACUGGCUGGUUCGAGGUGCCGUAGCAGUCACUUCGCGUGACGGUGAGAGCACAUUUGCCGAAUUGAGGCCUGGCGCCUUCUUCGGCGAGAUCGGCAUUCUUAUGGAACGACCCCGGACCGCCACAGUGGUGGCUCGCUCCAGAUGCAUGGUUCUGGUCCUGAAAAAGGAGGACCUGCAGACAAUAUUGCCCAAAUAUCCUGACGUUGAGCGAGCAAUCCGCGAAGAGGCCUUGGAGCGAUUGACCCAGUUGGAAAAGAAGAAAAGACAGGUCCUCUUGGGAACCGAAGACCUACCUCCGCAUGAGCGACGCGGAUCGAAGCGCGCCCGCAAUGAUUUCGGCGAGGAUGUCGACAUGGACGAUGGUCUUGCGUCUUCCAUCUCGUCCAAGAGGCGGAAAUCUCCCAGUCCUGGCACGGCCGAGGUCUCAACCGCAAGUGCACUGGGCCAUGGACUGGUCAAUAUCAGAGCAACCUUGAAGGAAUUACCAUUAUUCGCCUCCCUACCAUCUGAUAUCCUCCACUUCCUCGGCCUUAGCGCCCAACCAAGGAGCUUUGCUCCAUUCUCCGAUAUUGUCAAACAAGAUACCAGAGGUCGAGAAAUCUACUUCAUUGUACGUGGAGAGGUCGAAGUCAUUGAUGAGAAACAUGCUUCCAGUCCGAGAGGGCGGCAAGAUAACGUUCCUAAUGGCGUUCCAAAGACGCCAUACGUGAAGGCACGACUCAAGCCAGGCCAGUACUUUGGCGAGGUGGUCAGUCUGUCGCUUGCAGAUCGGAGGACAGCUACUGUUCGCUCGGUCACCCAAGUUGAAUGUCUCAUGAUUUCAGAGAAUGUCCUAGCUGAUUUUUGGCGUCGUUGUCCACCUAAUAUUCUACGUCAGAUCCAGGAGACAGCCAGGGAGAGACUCAAAACGGCAUCUGACAACGAUGUGAUCAUGAACGACACAGAUGCUGCCCCAAGCAUUCAUAACCUAGCCAUCGGCGACAAAGACGCCUCCGCGAGAAAGGGCGCCCUCGGUCCUAGAGUCACUUUUAAUGAGGCACAGAUAUCAAACUCUGUUCAACCUGUUCAGCCUGAAGAACCCAGCACCUUGGAGCCUGUUGAUCCUGAUCCAUUCUUAAGCCAGGGCUUAGAAAAGGUCAAGUCUCGCUCGAGGAGAGGAUCCCUCGCCCCUCCAUCUCCAGAUGAGCAAUUGAAAGACAUGAAGCGACGGUCGCCCAGGUCUUCACCUAUAACCACGGCUAGUCCAUCCCCUCGAAGUUCUGCUUCCGGCACGCCUUCGCCUAUAGCCGAGCAUAAAGGACUGGGUUUUCCAUUUGUAGACCCAUUUUCUCCUGGUGGAAGACCGAGGCCGAAAUCAAGAUCUAGCCGUGGGCUCAAUCGGGGAAACAUACCCGAAAAACUAUUGCCUUUGAUACUCGAGCAUCUCGCACUUCACGAACUUAUGCGCCUUCAAGCUGUUUCCUUACAUUGGCAAAAUGUUCUCAACAAUGCACCCAACCUUCUCCAUAAGCUGGAUCUGUCCAAGUACAAUCGGAAAGUCACCGAUGAUCUGUUAGUCAAUCGGAUCUGUCCUUUUGUGGGUCAGCGCCCUCUUUUUGUUGAUUUAAGCAAUUGUUUUCAUGUGACCGAUGAAGGGUUUGCUGCGCUUGUGACUACAUGUGGAGCAAACGUGGAAACAUGGCGGAUGAAGAGUGUCUGGGAUGUCACCGCCCCUGCCAUACUCGAGAUGGCCAAUCGUGCACGUAAUUUGAAAGAGGUGGACCUCAGCAAUUGCCGAAAAGUCAGCGACACCCUUUUGGCAAGGAUCAUCGGUUGGAUUGCGACUGGAAAUCAACAGAAUCAAUCGACAAGACCCAAGGCAAUCGGACAACGCCCUGUUAUCAACACCAAGCUUAGUAUCACCAAUCCACCUGCUCCUGGUACCGUUUUUGGCUGUCCUUCACUGAAGACUAUCACGUUGAGUUACUGCAAACAUGUCACGGAUCGAACGAUGGCGCAUAUUGCCACUCAUGCUAAGGAACGCAUUGAAAAUGUUGACCUCACUCGAUGUACGUCAAUCACCGAUGCAGGAUUUCAGUACUGGGGCAACGUCAAAUUUCCACGACUCAAGAAGCUCUGUCUGGCAGACUGUACUUAUUUGAGCGAUCAGAGUAUCGUCUGGCUGGUGAACGGAGCUGGCAGUGGGUUGAGACACCUGGACUUGUCGUUUUGUUGUGCUCUUUCCGAUACGGCAACCGAAGUGCUAGCUCUAGGCUGCCCGAAUCUUACCCAUCUUAACAUGUCAUUUUGCGGGAGUGCAGUUUCGGACCCGAGUCUACGAUCCAUUGGUCUUCAUCUGACCAAACUCAAAGAACUUGCUGUUCGAGGGUGUGUCCGCGUCACCGGGUUGGGGGUCCAGAGCAUCGUCGAAGGAUGCCAGAAACUCCAACUGCUUGACGUAAGUCAAUGCAAGAACUUACAACCAUGGCUUGUAUCUGGUGGUGUUGAACGAUGGCGCUCUGCAGGUCGUGACAUCGAGUUUGUGGUUGUGAGUGUUGGAGCGAAAUUGGUGCGGUGA